AAAAGUUUGACUAAGAUUAACUGACUAGGUUCCAACAUCCAUGAUAUCAAUGCAAAAAUGAAAGAUCCAACAAGAAGCGGUUCUUCUGCAUUUGCCUCUAUACGAGGUUGUGGCAUCCGUUUACUCGUGUGCGGCACUGGUCUUUUGCUGCUUUCGUCAACGUGGAAAGCUUUUCAAGGUGGGAGUCAAAGUCAUAAAAGUGGACUUCUAGAGUGGCGGAGCAGUCCCUCAAGAACAGGCUUUUUC